AUGGAAGAUGUGGGCUCCAAAAGGAUCAGUGACUUCUUACAGAAAUGCGUCAAACUAGAGGACAGCGAGGGGGGCCCUCCACCCAAGGAGAUCUUGGACGUUCAAAGUCUCCCUCUAGUCAUGCCAUCCUAUCCUCAGACAGUGCAAGAGGAAAUUUCCAUGGUUUUCAAUACUUGUGCAGUGCCAGCCAAUCUGGGCCCCUGUACCAGGAGGCGGCGCGAGAAAGGCAGCGGCCACGACGGGACCAGCACGUCUCUCUACGUCGACCGGCGCAAGUCCAAAGUCUGGAACUAUUACACCAAGCUGGGCGACGCCUACGUGGAAUGCAACGUCUGCAAGAAGCAGCUGUCCUUCCACAACAGCACCACCACCAUGCGCGAACAUCUGGUGCGGAAGCACAGCAUCCGUGACACCUUGCUCUCGCAGCUGAAGGACGACCAGGCGCCCGACCCGGACUACGCAGCUCAGGAGAACGCCAUAAAAAGAGCUCGCCAGCUGACCCCGGAGAGCAACAAUCCGUAUCAUACCGUGGCCUGCACGGAACCCAGGACGGAUGUGAUCCUGGAACUGGUGCUAGAAAUGAUCUUUCGGGACCUGCAUCCGCUCUCCGUGGUGAAAGACAAAGGUUUUGGCCUUCUCAUUGGCUACUUAGAACCUAGCUUUGUUCUGCCCUCCCCGGUGCAGCUCUCUAGCAUGUUGUGGCAUCGAUACAAUGUGGUCAAGCAACAUCUGGAACACUACCUGCAGACAGCUCAGUCGAUCGUCAUCUGUGCCGAAUUCUGGCUGUCUCACCCCAACCAGAGGUACCUGACGAUGGUGACUAAUUUUAUCGACGGAGAAUGGCGGCGGGCGAGAUGCAUCCUGGAGAGCCAGCAGGUCCACGAGAACAAAGCAGAGCGCAACCUGGGAGACAGGCUGUAUGCAGUCCUCGCGGACUUCGGGCUGUCCAACAAAUCAGUCUUCUGCAUGAUGCACGACAGCCUGCAGGAUUUGGAGGCCAAUUCGUCCCACCUGAAAUGCAUCUAUGGUUGGACCAGCCUGUGCUGCGCAGCUCAUCUGCUCCACCUCUGCGUCAAGGUGGGCCUUGAGGUAGAGCAGGUGCAGGAAGCGUUGGCGGCCGCUCGAAGCGUCGUCUGUUAUUUCCAGCAAGAUGCCAAAGCUACUUGCUCCCUCAACAGCAAACUGGAAGCUAUCAACAAGACCAAGCUGAAACUGGUCAUGGACACUGGGGCUCGGUGGAUAACGACCAUCGAGAUGUGCGAAUGCCUGCUGGAUCUCAAGUGGGCCAUCAUGUCUGUGCUGGAGGAACAUCCCAAGGGGCCUUCGGUGGUCCAGAAUUUGGCCGAUCACCAGUGGAAGCUCUUGCAGGACCUGGUGCCCGUGAUGAGGACGCUUAAGAUCGCCACGUCGUUCUUGCGAGAAGAGCAAAACUUCUCCAUUGCCUCCCUGAUGCCUUGCAUCCAUGGCAUCAUCACCGCCAUCGGGCAACAGGCGGAAGGAGCCAGCGGCAUCAUCAAGACAGUGGUCCACAAUAUCAGAGGAGAGCUCACCCAGCGUUGGGGUAUCUCGGAUGAAGCCAAGUUGCUGGAGAGCCCGGCGGUCAUCGCAUCGUUUCUAGACCCUCGAUUCAAGGAAAUGAGGUUCCUCAGCCCGAGCCUGCGGAGCGAGCUGCACAAAAAAAUCAAGGCCAUGUUGUCCCAGUUCUUCAAUCCUCAGACGCCGCUGACCACCCAGUUCUGGGUGCCCAAUUCUGAUUACAAAGCAGAGGUCAGUGAAGCAACCGGCCAGCUUGCUGCUCACAAGGAAAGAGGUUCGAGUGGACAAUCUCAAAGUAUGUAUGAUAUCCUUCUGGGGAAAGACCCGACAGAGAGCAUGCCCGAGAUCCAUCAGCAGCUGGAGAACUACAUCGUGGAACCCCUUUGCAAGCGUAGCACUAACCCCUUGGAUUGGUGGAAGAGCAACGAACACCGCUUCCCCUCGGUGGCCCGGUUAGCCCGGCAAUAUUUGGCUAUACCGGCCACAGUUGUCCCACCGGAUCAGGCCUUUGCCGCUAGCGAAAGUGCGCUGGAGCACCGGAGAGGUGUACUGGCUCCCGAAAACCUGGACCAAAUUCUUUUCUUGCACCAGAAUUUUGACUUUUUAGAAUCGAUGCGCAACGGGAACGAGAAUCUGAGUAAGUCUGCGCACAGCCAGUAUUGA